AUGUCUAUCGUAACGCAAAAAACUCCAAUCAAGAUUGAUGACAUUGGAAAUGAAGCCCAAAGUGCUACAGCCUCAUAUUCCCUGGAAAAGGCAGGUACUUGGCAUAAAUUUGUUGAUGGCUUCAAGAGACAAGAAGCUAAAGAUGAGACCAUUGGUAAACAACUUUCCAAAAGUAUUUCUCACAGACAUCUUGUACUUAUGGCUUUAGUUACAGGUGUAGGUACCGGUUUGCUUGUUGGUUCCGGAAAAUCUUUGCACAACGCUGGUCCAUUGUUUUUGAUUGUUGGAUAUGCCAUCGUUGGUUCUUUCUUGUACCCAACUUUACAAGCUGCUGGUGAAUUGGCCGUUAACUAUAGUGAUCUUUCUGGUGGUUACAAUAACUAUCCAAGAAAGUUUAUUGAUGAAUCUAUUGCCUUUGCCGUUACUUGGAACUAUUGUAUUCAAUGGUUAUCGGUUAUUGCUGUUGAAUUGGUUACAGCUUCUAUUACUAUCCAGUACUGGAACACCAGCAUCAAUGCUGACGCUUGGGUUACCAUUUUUUACGUUCUUAUCCUUGUCAUUAACUUCAUCGGUGCCAAAGGAUUUGGUGAAGGUGAAUUCAUUUUUGGCUGUAUAAAGAUCUGUAUGAUUAUCGGGUUCAUCAUUAUGGGUAUCGUUGUUGAUGUCGGUGGAGGUCCAGAGAAAGAAUUCAUUGGUGGUAGAUACUGGCAUGACCCUGGUUACUACACCAACUUCAAGGGUUUAUGUAGUGUUUUUGUUACUGGUGCUUUCUCAUUAGGGCAAUCCGAGUUCGUUGCUCUUUCAGCUGCCGAGCAGUCUAAUCCAAGAGCUGCUAUCCCAUCUGCUUGUAAAUUGAUUUUUUGGAGAAUCUUAGUAUUGUUCUUGGGUUCCUUGACUAUUGUUGGUUUGUUAGUUCCUUACAAUUCUGACGAAUUAAUGGGUUCCACUGGUAGUGCUACUCAUGCAUCUCCAUAUGUCAUUGCUGCAGCCAGUCAUGGAGUUGCGGUUGUUCCCCAUAUCAUCAAUGCAGUCAUCUUGUUGUCUGUUACUUCAGUUGCAUCUGCUUCAUUGUAUUCUGCCUCUAGAACUUUACAAUCUUUGGCAGAUCAAGGAUUUGCUCCAAAGUACUUCAACUAUAUCGAUAAGCAAGGAAGACCAUUGAGAGCAUUAAUUGUUUGUUCCAUUUUCGGAUUAUUUUCAUUCAUUGCUGCCUACAGCAAAGAAGAAACAGUUUUCAACUGGUUAUUAGCCAUUUCUGGAUUAUCGCAAAUCUUCACCUGGAAUGUAAUUGUUGUUUCCCACGUUAGAUUUAGAGCUGCCUUGAAACACAACAACAUUUCAAUUACAUCAUUAGGAUAUGUUGCCUCCACUGGUGUUUGGGGUUCAGUCUAUGCUAUUGUAUGGCAUUGGCUCAUUUUGAUAGCCCAAUUUUGGAUUGCCUUAUUCCCAGUUGGUGGUGGUAGCGCCGAUGCACAAAACUUCUUCCAAAACUACUUGGGUGCAGUUGUCUUAAUAGUGUUCUACGUCGCCCAUAAGUUAUGGACCAGAAACUGGAAAUGGUGGAUCAAGUUAGAUGAUAUUGACAUUGAUGCUGAUAGGACCAUUUUCGACGAAGAAAUUUUAGCCUUAGAGAGACAGGAAGAUGCUGAAAGAUAUGCAGCAUCUCCAUUCUAUAAAAAGAUAUUAAGUAUCUUUUUCUAA